AUGAGAGAACAUGAAGUUCUCAGUAAUGGAGUCGUAUUUUCGGCAUGCUCAGCAUUUGAGUUCGGUGGGGACGUGCACCAUGAGAGAAGCCGCGGCGGUAGUGGUAGUAGCAACAACAGCAGCAGUAGCAGCAUUGUUGUUUUUAAAUACCCACUGAAGGAUCCGCACAAAUACACUGCGAGGCCGUUUGAGUCUGCCGUAGUGCGUCUCACCAGAGAGUCCCUUUCAGUUUAUCGACCCACGGACCGUGUUUUUUUUUGUGAAUUGAAUUGGUGUGAUGUACGAGAAAUACGUCGCCACACAUCUAAAAGGAGGAACCAGAUGUCGUACGAGUUUGCCUUCUUUACCCAUGCAGCAGGUAUUAUUCUCCUUGAAACUUAUGACAUCAGGAUAAUAGAUGGAAUCGCCGUAUCACUGCAGCUUCUGAGCGUUGGGUGUGUAUUACAGUCUUCUAACUCCCAAACUACCACCACACCCAUAGUAGCAUCGACAGGAGUAACAGGAAGGGUAUCGAGAAGAGAAACGAGUCCAAGUACUACACCGCUUACACAAGUUGCUCCAAGGGAUGAUGCGAUUAGUCAGGCGCUGCGGCGCAUCCGAGAACGUGAGGAGGAAAUGCGAGAAGCGAUUUUCUACGGGCCACCCAUACAAUCACCAGCUACCAACUCUCAUCCGCAUUUGCAUUCAUCAUCUCCGCCGCGGUCAGAAUCUUACCCACGUGAGGACAUGCGUCCACCUCGGCGUGAUGUGGAGUUAACGGCGGCCGGCAUGCAUAAUCUAUUGAUGCUUCUAGAAGAAGAAGAGAAAAAGGCCACUAAAUCGUUGAGAACACAAGAAGAACGUAUUCGCACACUCUGUUCUCGCGAAGAAACAAAAUUUCCCGAACGACUUUGGCAACAUAAAGUUUCUACUCCAAAUGAUGAUCUCAUGCAUCAUAACCGUCCUGCUGUCGUGGUAUCGGAGUCGCGUGAGGUGUAUGAGCAAACUAACAUGAUGCGUGGGAUGUUGAACGAGAGGCAUAAUCUGAAGACACAACCUAUGAUGUCCCCUAAGAGUGAGAUGGACUCAACGAGACCUACACAGUCGUAUGACGAGCCACAAGAAGUAGAUCAAAAAAUAGGGCAUGAACCUAUCCCUCACAAUGUGAUAUCUGGAGACGUCACGACACACGGUGUCCGCGAUGAGAAAGAAAGAGCAAUUUUACCUUUGUUGAAUUCACUUGACGAGGAUACGAAGAGAAAUAAAGAUUUGAAUGAGGGACGUCGUUUAGAACUACAUCACAAGGUAAUGGAGAAUCAACAACCAAUCUCUGUAGCUGGUGGUUUCUCAUUAACGGAGGCUCUAGAACGGGAACGACAGACUGAAGAAUUAACGCGACAAAACGAUAUGAAAAAGUCAGAAUCCAUAACAGAAGGUGAUCACGUUAAUUCUGGUGCUGUUACAUUGUCAAGUGCAGAGGAAAAUCGGGAGCCCAAGACCGGAGGUGUCUUGUAUGGUAACUGGAAAGAGUUUAGAGAUAAAGAGAGUGGAAAAGUAUAUUACAGGAACAUUGUCACAAAGGAGGCCCAAUGGAAGCCGCCGCCUGAGGUUCUUGAAAUGAAACAGCGGGAAAAAAAAACAUUCUCAGAAGAACCAGAGUCAACAAAAACAAAAAAAGGACCUCUUCGGAUUUUGGGUGUUUGGAAAGAGUAUAAAGAUCCAAAGAGUGAUCGUCUCUACUAUGUCAAUGGUGAAACAAAACAGCGAACAUGGAAGGUUGAAGAGACCCCGUUUAGAGGCGAAUAA